UGGUUUGAGACAGCGAACAUGGAUUUUUCACAUCUUCACACAUAUGCUCCUCCCCAGUACGUGCCAGAAAACACUGGCUAUACUUAUGCGCUCAGUUCCAGUUACUCCUCCAAUGCUCUCGAUUUUGAGACCAGUCACAAGUUAGAUCCCGUGUUCGACUCCCCGAGGAUGUCGAGGCGCAGUUUGCGCCUGUCUGCAACGGUGUAUGGCGCAGCAGAGGGUGGCAGCGGUGGUGGCAGCACCUAUGCAGAGAAGAAGACUUUUGCAGAUCAGUCCCCCAGAGUAACUAAACAACAUAAAAGUGUGAGACAAACUGGUUCCGUGAGACAAACCGCAAGAAAAACUGUGUCCAGCUCUUCCGUCUUCAGCCACAGUAGUUUCAGCAGCCACGCGAGCGACGCGACUUUUCUGUCGACCAUAUUGGAUGAAUCUUCCAUACGGGAGCAUACGGCUGUCGACCAUUUCUGGGGUCUCGACGACGACGACGAUGUCAAAGCAGGUAGAAAUACAACGAUGCUUCAGGCCAACGGGGACAUCGCAACCGCUGAGAGCCAGACGGCCCCAAGCAACGGAUACACCUGCAACGACUGCAGCAUACUUUCCGAGCGGAAGGAAGUCCUCACUGCCUACUCGGCUCCUCGCAUGCCACCCUCGAGAAUUUACUCCAGGGAUCGGAGCCAAAAGCACAAGUCCGGGGGCCUCACUUUCUACACGAGUAAGAUUCUACAGGUGGCCAGGUACUCUGCAACGUCUGUCUCGACCCUUUUAGUGCAUCUCUUUCACAUGGUAUUGCUGAAGCUGGGCUGUGAUUCGAAAGCUCAUUCUAAUUACUGCGGAAGCACGAAUGUCAAACAAGUUCUCAGGGAAGACCACCAGCUGGGUGCGAACGGGGAAUACUUCUGUGAUGACUGUCAGGGAAAGAAACCGCUUGGGGCGCACACUGCGGUCUACACGCACUCCUCACAGUCUAAAGGGGUCUCAAGGACCAUUUGGCACAUCUUUUCUUACGCAGGUUACUUUUGGCUGCACGCACUGCAGAGGACGGGGACGGCGGGAUGGCUCACCUCCAAGAAGGUUCUGUCACUCCUGUGGCUGGCUGUUGUGUCUCCAGGCAAGGCUGCUGCAGGAGUCUUCUGGUGGCUCGGCACCGGGUGGUAUCAGCUCGUGACCCUGAUCUCUUUGCUGAACGUGUUUCUUCUGACCAGAUGCCUUCCAAAGAUGCUCAAGUUGUUCUUAUUCCUCCUCCCUCUGCUGCUGUUGCUAGGUUUAUGGCACUGUGGCUCUGAACGUUUCCUUUCCUUGCUGCCGGUGUUCAAUUGGUCAAGGAUAUAUCAAACACCCUGGUGGGACCACUCUGCACACGUCUUUGAACCUCCUCCGGAUUUGUUUGACUCUGCUCUGCCUCCUCCCGUGAAAUCCUUCGACUCGAGUCGCAUGAGUGAGCUGGAAAAGCAAGUGGCCUUCCUGUCUGAGAAGUGGCAUCAUCGAGACAAGGAAUACGGUCAGAUGCUCCUCCUCCUCCAGACAUUUCAGCAGCAGGUUGCCCAGCUGAACGACAAAAGUGAAACAUUGGCCCUGAUAAAAAACACGGUGGACCAGCAUCUGAGAGAAAUGAGCUCCUCCGAAACGGCACAACCGACGCCUGACUUUUCGGCCUUGCACCAGGAACACGAGUGGCGCAUCGUGGCAUUAGAAGAUCUCCUUGCCAAGCUCUCCAAGAAAUCUGAUGGCAUCCACAAGGAACUGGAACUAACCAAAGCCAGAACAGCAAGUGACGCCGACGAGCAAAGCCAGCAUCUCUUAUCCAAGGUCCAGAUGCUGGAACUGGAGCUGGCGGCCAUGAAAUCGGAGCUGCUCCAUGCGCAGAGCUCGAAAGCAGGCUGCGACACAGCCGAGACCCUUCGUGAACAGGUAGACUCCCAAAUUAAAGAAUCGGUCAAGUUUGUGCUCCUCGGCGAUCAACAAGGGGACUUGCCGGAAUGGCUGCUUCAGCGGCUGAGGUCCCAGUUUGUGAGCAAGGGCGACCUGCAGGUCUUGUUGCGAGACUUGGAGCUGAACAUCCUCCAGAAGAUCACCCUCCACAUGUCCACCACAAACACCAGACCGUCUUCGGAAGUGGUGACGAGCAUCGUGAACGAGGCCGGGAUUUUGGGCAUCACGGAAGCGCAAGCCCACGUCAUUGUCAACAAUGCCCUAAAGCUAUAUUCUCAAGACAAGACGGGCAUGGUAGACUUCGCUUUGGAAUCGGGAGGUGGCAGCGUUUUGAGCACCCGCUGUUCGGAGACGUAUGAAACCAAAACGGCAUUGAUUAGUCUCUUUGGGAUCCCUUUGUGGUACUUCUCCCAGUCUCCUCGCGUCGUGAUCCAGCCUGACAUGUAUCCUGGAAACUGCUGGGCGUUCAAAGGGUCACAGGGGUAUCUCGUCGUCCGCCUUUCCAUGGUGAUCCACCCCACGGCUUUUACUCUGGAACAUAUACCGAAAACGCUUUCGCCGACAGGCAACAUUACCAGUGCUCCCAAGGAUUUCUCCGUAUAUGGUCUUGAAAAUGAGUAUCAGGAAGAAGGUGUGCUUCUAGGGCGAUAUAUGUAUCAUCAAGAUGGAGAGUCACUACAGAUGUUCCAAGUAACGGAGACAACGGAGAAAGCCUUCCAGAUAGUGGAACUAAGAAUUCUUUCCAACUGGGGCCACAAUGACUACACAUGCCUCUAUCGGUUCCGAGUUCACGGGAGACCUGCCGAAUGA